AACUAUAAAUGGCAGCAUUCACCUCGUUGCUCUCUCUCGCUGGCGCCCCCCAAUUUUCUCGCAUCAUCAUUUUCCUUUGUCCCUCCUUUUACGAAUCUCACGCUCCGUUAAUCUUGUGUUGCGAGCAGCAAAAUGGUUGGAAGUGGCCAUUUGGGCGCCAAUGGAACAGUUGAACCAUUGCCCGAAGAUUUUGAUGCGUCAGCUGUGAUCAAAGAACCUGUGCCACCCACAAUUGCAGAAAGUGAGAACGUGAAAAGAGCUAUAGUACUGGGAAAAAAUGUUCACACACUGUGUCUAGAAGUUACAGAACCUGAUGCAGAUGAUGAAAUUACUGGGGAAAGGGAUGCUUACAUGGCAAGUGUAUUGUCCAAAUAUAAAAAAUCAUUGACUGAAAGGACAAAACAUCAUUUAGGUUACCCUUAUAAUUUGGAUUUCGACUACGGUGCACUCUCUCAACUUCAACACUUCUCCAUAAACAACCUGGGAGAUCCAUUCAUUGAAAGCAAUUAUGGAGUCCACUCCCGGCAGUUUGAAGUUGGUGUUUUGGACUGGUUUGCCCGGUUAUGGGAAAUAGAAAAAGAUGAGUACUGGGGCUACAUGACAAACUGUGGUACUGAGGGUAAUCUCCAUGGCAUCCUAGUUGGGAGAGAGGUCCUUCCGGAUGGGAUUUUGUACGCCUCACAAGAAUCACAUUAUUCUGUAUUUAAAGCUGCACGUAUGUACAGAAUGGAUUGUAUGAAGAUUGUAACUCUUCAUACCGGAGAGAUUGAUUGUAAUGAUUUCAAGGCCAAGCUGCUUCUUCACAAAGAUAAGCCAGCUAUUGUAAAUGUGAACAUAGGUACAACUGUCAAAGGAGCAGUGGAUGAUCUUGAUCUGGUGAUAAAGACACUUGAAGAUACUGGAUUUUCACGUGACAAAUUCUACAUCCAUUGUGAUGGGGCCUUGUUUGGUCUCAUGAUGCCUUUUGUGAAACUUGCACCAAAAGUUUCUUUUAAGAAGCCCAUUGGCAGUGUUAGUGUUUCUGGCCACAAAUUUGUGGGGUGCCCAAUGCCUUGUGGUGUUCAGAUAACAAGAUUGGAGCAUAUCAAUGUUCUUUCCAAUAAUGUAGAAUACCUUGCUUCUAGGGAUGCCACAAUCAUGGGUAGCCGGAAUGGCCAUGCUCCCAUAUUCCUUUGGUAUACCCUUAACCGGAAAGGAUACAGAGGUUUCCAGAAAGAAGUGCAGAAAUGCUUGAGGAAUGCACACUACUUCAAGGACCGCCUUAGGGAGGCCGGAGUUGGUGCAAUGCUUAAUGAGCUGAGCAGCACAGUUGUGUUUGAGAGGCCACAUGAUGAGGAGUUUGUACGGAAGUGGCAGUUGGCAUGCCAGGGAAACAUAGCACAUGUGGUGGUGAUGCCAAACGUCACUAAGGGCAAGCUUGAUGAUUUCCUGAACGAGCUUGUGGAGAAGCGUGCUCAAUGGUUUAAAGAUGGCAAGUUUCAACAAUAUUGCAUUGCCUCAGAAGUGGGUGAAACCUGCUGUCUUUGCCCUUUGCAUAAGAGCAAGUAAAAGUUGUAACAGGUUCCCUAUCUAGGUUCAAGGUUUUAGUUGGUUUAUGGUGGGGCAUAUAUAUAUCCAUGUUUGAUCGAGAUUUUGUUGCACUUGAUAACCUAUCGGUUUUCCUUAUUAUUGACAUUUUUAUUUGCA